AUGGAGAAGGGAAAAAAAGAAUUAAGGAGAGAGAUGGAGAGACUUGUGAGCCAGAGGAGGGCGGGCAGGAUAAGUUUGGGGGGAAAGUUAGUGGCCCAGUGGGGGUUUCUUCCAGAGUUCAACCUCUGUGGCCAGGGAAGGAAGGGGUGGGGAGAACAGGGGGCACUGGCUCUGGGUCAGCAGCAGUAUGGAAGGGAACUCCAAAGCAGCAUCGGCAGGGAGGGAGAAAGCGACUGUGAGAUAAGUGAAGCAAGAGGAUUGUACAGCAGUGUCAGGGGUGGGGGGUACCAUGUUCGACUGUAUGGAGGCACUGGGAAUGGGCCCCCGUCAGCUGUAUGA